AUGGCAUCCUUCUCCAAUCAACCCCUCCAACCCCUCCAGCCCCAACCAGACGACACCAUCACCAUCCCCCCCUUGGACCCCUCCAACCACACCCACACCAUCAUCUUCCUCCACGGCCGCGGCGACAACACCCGCUCCUUCACCAACUUCCUCCGCUGCUGGUCCUCCUCCCGCGGCCGCACCCUCAUCCAAACCUUCCCCACCAUCCGCUGGGUCUUCCCCCAGGCCCCGACCCGCAUCGUAGCCAGCAGUGUCCGAACCAAUACCAACAACAACAACGGCGGCGCGGGAGCAGUCUACCCGCCCUAUCAAACAAUGCCCCAAUGGUUCGACGUCUGGACCCCGCAGAAUUUCGCUCAGCGCGAAGAGAUCCAGCUCCCCGGCUUGCGGGAAAUGGUCCCCGCCGUGCGGGAGUUGAUCCGGCGUGAGGCGGAAGACCCGAUCGCUGAUCCGCGCGAGGGCAGGGGACUGAACGGGCGCUGGGAUAGGGUCGUGCUCGCGGGUAUUAGCAUGGGGUCUGCGACGUCGCUGCAUACGCUGCUGAACUUGGAUGUGCCUGCUUCCGGAGGGGGGAGGUUGGGGGCGUAUAUGGGGUUUUGUGGGCGGUGUCCGUUUCGGGGGCGGACGUUGGGGGAGAUGAGGGGGUUGUUGGGGGUUGCUGGGGCGCCUGUGGGUGGUGAGAAUGAGACGAUCAGGCGCACGCCGGUGUUGUUGGAGCAUAAUGUGGAUGAUCCGUUGGUGAAGAUUGAGAAUGGAAGGGAUGCGAGGGAUAUCUUGGUUGGGUUUGGAGCGCAGGUGGAGUGGAGGGAGUAUCCGAGUGGGGGGCAUUGGUUUCAGGAGCCGGAGGGGAUUGAUGAUGUGGUGAACUUUUUGGCGAGGGCGGUUGGGGUGGUGCAGGCGCCGGAGACUCGUGGUCCCGGAGUUGGGCAAUAUGUUCAUGGGAGUUGA